AUGGAAGAAUUAUGUUACACCAUUCUUGGAAUGGGUUUAGGAAUUGUUGUAUAACAAAUACAUGAAAAGUUAUCCAAAAAAUAAAAGUAGAAUAAGACACAAUAAUAGAAUAAGGGAACAAAGAAAUAUUUGCCAUCUACUCCAGAUAUGAAAAAAGCAUAUCAAGAACAAAAAUAAAACUUUCUAAUUCGAUAAGCAUCUUAAUAAGAAAUAGGUGAUACAAUUAGAAAGAUUGUCAAAAUUUAAGGCAAAAUUUCAGGGUUUGAUAAUGAUGAUGAAUUAAACUAAAUAUAAGAUUCAUAAGAAGAAAUUAAAGAAGAUAAUGACUCAUAAUAACAUUCUCUAGAUAAAGCAUUCUAGCCAAAAACACCCAAUUUUUAAAGUAAAACUUCUACCUCUUAAAAUAUUACUUUGGUCACAAAUAAUUAAGUUGUUUCUGGUGAAUUAUCUUUGGGAUUAUUAUAAUCUAAUUAGUUUAGCGAUAGUAGUAUUAUUUUAUCACUAAAUAAGAAAAAAAUAUAUCUCCUCCUGGUGAAAGUAAGGAAUAAAUAAUAAUUAGCAGUGAUCCCGAAUGA